AUGUAUGCGAGAGAAGGGCCAUCAGCAGUUAAGGCAGGGGAUCCGGUCUUUCUCACUAGAGCUACAUUCGAUGAGCAAAUGAGAGGGCAGAGAGUGAAUUGUGCCGUUGCAGAUCAUGGUGUUAAACCUACGAGAUUGCAAAAAAUAUGGCUACUAGCAACACAUAUGUACAAAAAAGAAGCGGACAUUCCUGAAUAUGUCGCAUCUGGCACGAUGAAUCGCAUGUAUGAUCGCAUGCGUAUCCUAUCGACUACACUUGCUGUCAUGGGAUUCUUCAUCCUCUUCUACUACUGUCACCGAGCCAAUGUGGGCAGGGUUAUGCGCGAUCGAGACGCAGGAUUCAAGAUGCAUUCAUAA